AUGAAGAUAGUUAUAGCACCAAUGCUUCUGACCCUGGCUCUUUGCCUCAUACAAGAUGCUGCCAGUGAGGAUGAAAAUCAGGAAACAUGCAAUGAAUUUCGAGCAUUGAUGAAAAGUGGAAAAUUAUUUUGUCCCCAUGAUAAAAUUAUUUACGAAAACCCCAAUGGAAUAAUGUUGAUUCAAAAAUGCACCAUGUGCAAAGUGAUAUUGGAAAAAGAAGCAAAAUCCCAGAAAAGGGCCAGGCAUUUAGCAAGAACCACAAGCGCCAGUGCCCCAGCAACGCUGAACUGUGAUGAUUUCAGAAGAGGAGAAAGAGAUGGGGAUUUUAUCUGUACUCUUGAUAAUGCAGCUGUUUGUGGCACAGAUGGGAAAACAUACAGCAACAGAUGUGCCCUGUGUGCUGAGAAUGCGAAAACAAGAUCCCAAGUUGGCAUAAAGACUGAAGGAGAAUGUGAGAAAAAUAAUCCUGAGCAGGAUGUGUGUAGUGCUUUUCGGCCCUAUGUGAAGGAUGGAAGACUUGGAUGUACAAGGGAAAAUGAUCCUGUUCUUGGUCCUGAUGGGAGGACGCAUGGCAAUAAGUGUGCAAUGUGUGCUGAGCUGUUUUUAAAAGAAGCUGAAGAAAAAGCCAAACAAGGAGGUGAAACCAGAAUUCCACGAAAUGCUGAAAAGGAUUUUUGCAAGGAAUAUGAGAAUCAAGUGAGAAGUGGGAGACUUUACUGUACACGUGAGAGUGACCCAGUCCGUGGCCCUGAUGGCAGGAUGCAUGGCAACAAAUGUGCCCUGUGUGCAGAGUUUUUCAAGCGACGUUUUUCAGAAGAAAAAAAUAAAGCAGAAGAGAACUUGAGAAAGGCUAAAGAAAAAGCUAAGGUUAAAAGAGAAAUUGAGAAACUCUGCCAUGAAUAUCAAGAUCAGGCAAAGAGUGGAAUACUUUUCUGUACCAGAGAAAAUGAUCCUAUUCGUGGUCCAGAUGGGAAAAUGCACGGCAAUUUAUGUUCCAUGUGCCAAGACUUCUACCAAGCAGAAGCUGAAGAAAGGAAAAAAGCAGAAGCAGAAGCAAGAAAUAAACGAGACUCUGAAAAGGCACCUUCAUAUGCAGAGCUGUGCAGGGAGUACCGCAACUUUGUGAGGAAUGGGAAACUUCCUUGCACCAGAGAAAAUGAUCCCAUCCAGGGCCCUGAUGGGAAAAUGAAUGGCAAUACCUGCUCCAUGUGUGAGGCCUUCUUCCAAGCAGAAGAAGAAGAAAAGAAAAAGAAGGAAGGUGAAUUAAGAAACAAAAGACAAUCUGAGAAUAUACCUUCAUUUGAGGAGUUGUGCAGUGAAUAUCGCAAAUUUAUGAAGAAUGGACAACUUGUCUGCACUAGAGAGAAUGACCCCAUCCAGGGUCCAGAUGGGAAAAUGCAUGGGAAUGUUUGUUCCAUGUGUGUUGCUUUCUUUCAACAACAAGAAAGAGCAAGAGCAAGAGCAAAGGCUAAAAGAGAAGUUGCAAAGGAUGUCUGCAGUGAAUUUCGGGACCAAGUGAGAAAUGGAAUGCUCAUAUGUACCAGGGAGAAUGAUCCUGUCCGUGGUCCAGAUGGCAAAAUGCAUGGAAACAAGUGUGCCAUGUGUGCAAGUGUGUUCAAAACUGAAGAAGAUAAAAAGAAUAACAAUGGCAAGGAAGAAAAGGAGAAAGCUGUACCCGAAAAAGUUAAGAGAGAAGCAGUGCAGGAUACAUGCAGUGAAUUUCGGAGUCUUUUGCAAAAUGAAAUGCUUUUCUGCACACGAGAAAAUGAUCCUGUGCGUGGCCCAGAUGGCAAGACCCAUGGCAACAAAUGUGCCAUGUGUAAGGCAGACCAAUGUGCUGAAUAUCGGGAAAAAAUGAAAAAUGGAAAACUCAGCUGUACUCGGGAGAGUGAUCCUGUACGUGGUGCUGAUGGAAAAUCAUACAACAAUAAGUGUACCAUGUGUAAAGAAAUACUUCAAAGAGAAGAAGAUGAAAAAAAUAAGAAUUCCGGCUUCAGAUCAAGUGAGACUGGUUCAGCAUCAGGAAAGGAUAUAUGUGAUGAGUUUAGAGGUCAAAUGAAAAAUGGAAAACUAAUCUGUACUCGGGAGAGUGACCCUGUCCGGGGUCCAGAUGGCAAGACACAUGGCAAUAAGUGUGCUAUGUGUAAAGAAAAACUGGAAAGGGAAGCAGCUGAGAAAAAGAAGAAAGAAGAGGAAAACAUGAGAAAAACUGGUGAAAAGAGCAAUGAAAAUGAGGAUCUGUGUCAAGAAUUCCGCAACCUGCUGAGAGGGGGAAAACUUAUCUGCACCAGAGAAAAUGACCCUGUUCGAGGACCGUACGGCAAGACGCAUGUCAACAAAUGUGCUAUGUGUCAGAGCAUCUUUGAGCGAGAGGCUAAUGAAAGAAAAAAGAAUGAUGAAGAAAAAUCAAAUGCUAAACCCUCAAAUGACUCAAAGGACCAGUGUGCCGAGGUUCCGAAUGAAGCAGAAAAUGGAAAGCUUAGACAGUCUGGGCGUCCCUUGGCCUCCCUUGCCAGGAGAAGUGCAGAUGAGUGCGGUAACUUUCGGGAGUAUGUUAGGAAUGAGCAGCUCAUCUGCACUAGAGAGAAUGACCCCGUGCGUGAUGCUGAUGGAAAAUUCUACAAAAACAAGUGCUUCAUGUGCAGAGCUCUCUUUCAAAAAGAAGCUUUGGAAAAGGCAAGAAUUUUGGAAAAGCCAACUCACAUUAGAGCUUCUGAAGAAGAAGACAGCCUAAAUUCCCCCAAUUCUCUGGAUUCAAAUAUGUGCCAACACUACCGAGUAUUGCCCAGGAUUGGUUACCUCUGCCCAAAGAAUUUAGAGCCUGUCUGUGGUGAUGAUGGUCAGACAUACAACAAUCCCUGCAUGCUCUGUCAUGAAAACCUGAUACAGCAAACUAAUAUACACAUACGUAGUAUAGGGAGGUGUGAGGAGAGCAACACACCAGAAUCAACACCUCUCAGCAUGCCGACACCUGUGACUGACCACUUUUACUCAUUCAUUGAUCUAGCAGUUUCCCAAAGUGAAGAAUGUGAACUGGAUGUCUAA